ACGACCAAGGAAUAAUUAUUAUUUUACAAUUUUAAUUGUACAGAAUUGUAUUUUUAUCCCGCAUUAAAUAAAGUAAUAAAGAACUACAAAUAAUGCGUCCGGGAUCCUUGGUAGUUGUACAAGUGUUGCUAAUUUUUACAACAAGAUUCGCGACCAGUGAUCAAAAUGUGAUCCCACCCGAAAUACAGGCAGAACUUGACACAUUCAUAGAAUCGUGGAUGACCGAGUUGAACAUUGUUGGGGUUGGUCUCGCCAUAACGAGAGGGGACGGAGAGCUGGCCUACACGAGGGGAUACGGUUAUCGAGAUGUCGAAAAUAGACUGCAAGUCGAUCCCACCACUUUUUUCAGUAUUGGAUCAAUUACAAAGAGCUUCACGGCAACAAUUGUGGUCAAAAAGUUGAACGAGUUAUUCCCAACGAUGGGAGAAUCCGUUUUGGACACACCGAUAAGAACAUUAGCUCCGAGAUAUGAUUUUGUCAUGAGUGACAGGUAUCGCACUGAAACUACUACAUUUCGUGACUUACUGUCACACAAAGUCUGCACAUUGCCAGAAAUGGCUGGGAUGUGGGUACAAUCGUUCACCGGAGUGGAUAAUCUCAUUUAUCGACACCGAUACGCCCCGGAUUAUUGUAGCUUUCGCAAUGGGUACACUUAUAAUAACGGACAUAUCACAAUUGCUGGAGAUAUCAUUGCCCACUUGGCGAAUUCGACGUAUAACGAUUUGUUAUCCGAAUUACUGAUUGGAAUUGGAAUGAAUGAAACGACAUGGGUGAAAGUAACGGAUGACCAUAACAAUAUGAUGAGUAGGUCGGUCCCAUAUCUGAGAAGGGAUGGACAGCUUAUUCGCUACAAUACGGAACUUUUGAAGGCGGUCGUUGACGUCAAUGCAGCCGGAGGAAUCUUAAGUAACGCUCAAGAUAUGAUGAAAUAUAUGAAAUUUCACUUAAACGCUGGGAAAGUGGGAGAGGACCAAUUUGUCCCAGAGUCAGUAAUGGCUUGGCUUACGACGCCGUCAAAUCUUAAUUUCGGUGGCGUUCUGAAAAAUCCGAGUGGAAAAAUUGACAUGGAUGUGGCGUCAGGUCUCUGCCUUAACGUGGGAAUUUAUGAUGGUUUUAGACGCGUGGGUCAUGGAGGAUAUCUCCCACCGUACGAGAGCUUUAUAAAUGUGUACCCUGACCUAAACCUUGGAGUGUUCAUAACGAUUAAUGGACCUGGACCGACGGUUUACUCAGCAAUGCCAGUAAACACAGUAGUCCAUGGAACAAUUUUCGACAUAUUGCAAGGUCGCCGCAAGAUCACGCCCACUACUCGACACCUUAUUCCUCAGAGAAAUCAAAAUUCGAAACCCCAUCUGGCUCCGGCUUCCUUUGUAACAAUUGAACCUGACGAAGCCGUGGGAACAUUUGGCAGUGGGCUAAACGGCGAAAUGAGCAUCACAAUGCGGACAAAUCCUGAUGGGAUUGACCAGUUGUACUUCGAAUACGGAGUUUGGGGUCUUGGUUGGCUUGUACAGAGUUCAAAUUCGACAUUUGACAUAGAAUGGGACUCUGAUUUCUGGAUGACGGCAUGGUUAAGUCAGCCCGGUCCGGCGAAUUAUUCCCUUUUUUAUAAAGAUGUAAAUACUGUCGUACUCCUGGAAAAUGGGGCUGCAGCCACGACCAAUUUCGAAAGAGGGGUUGGAAUCGAUGACUUACCGGAAAUUCCAUACGCACCUGAUAGUUGCGGACCGGAAGAAAUGUAAAGAAAUGAAAGAAUUUUAAUUUUUGACAACAAAUUCGGGAAUCGGCAAUUUAGUGAUGGACGAAAAUAAAAUAUUUGAUAAGUAUGAAAAUAAAUACACAUAUAUGUGCAUACAUCCAU